ACGAAAGCAAUCGGAACAAUAAGAAAGCAGCAUCAUCCCGCCCCGUCGCCCGGCUGCCUGCCUUCCGAGCCGGUGGGCAGGCGUGGUCGUCCUGCCCACUUCCGCACUUAACCUCUUGCCUGUGGGCGAGCUCUGUCGGUGGGCUUGGGAUUGCAAUCAGGAGUGUAGGAUUGCCUGCUUGUUUUCGGUCUUGACAUAUUUUAUAAUCAUAAUCAUAAUUAUUAUUAUUAUUAUUAUUGGCGUGCUUUUUUGCAGGCUGUCUUAUCAAGCUAGCUGUAAUAAUAUGGUUGUGUUGACCAACGCUACUACCACCAGUAACAGCAAUGAAGCGCGGGAUUACAUCCUGGUAGCCGAGCGCAGCGCCUCUGCGCCGAGUUCGCCGUCCAAGCGAGUGUCGCCGGCCAAGAAGAAGCAGUUCUUCAUCAAUCAGGCCAUCCGCAACUCGGAUCUCAUCCCACGGGCCAAAGGCAAGAAGAGCUUGCAGCGCCAGGAGAACUCUCGAUAUCUGGCUAAUUUGCUAGAGAGGGAUGAGUGCUCCAAAGAUGAAGCAGAUGCGAGCAGAGAGCCUGCAGCCCCCUCCAUAUUCACAGAGGCCUGUACCAAUAGCAGUUACAUCCAGUCAUGGAAUGAUUUUAUGAAUCGUUCCGGAGAUGAACAGGACAAGCUGCUGGCUCUGCUGGAGGAGAAGGCUGGAAAGAGCUGCUCCGAAAGGCUGCCUAAGGAUGAGAGAGAAUUGGAUCCAGCCUACACUGCUCAGGACUGCUUCCAGCGGAUCGACCGGAGGCUUCGCACUGUGCUCAGGAGGCGACACGUCCCCAUGGGGAUGCUGGAGGUGCUGGAAGAAGAUCUGCUGCGUUUUUUUGUGGCUCAUCCUCGCUCUGUUUACACCACAAAACUGGCCAGCAGCUAUGAGAGACUGCUGCUUCACGCUGUCUGCCAGUACAUGGACCUCGUGUCCGCAAUCCCCUGUUUCCCCCUGUAUUUCUCGCAUAAUUUAGGUAUCAACCACAACGGUGAUCGUCAAACGAAGGUUGUGAACAAACAGCAGGAGUUUUCACCCCCGAAACUUUUGCUGUCUGCCUACCUGGAGCAGAUGAGCUGAGAGCGGAGCGCGGCCUGACAGUCACCACCAACUUCACAGAUUGUUAAAGCAGUAAUCGCUUGUCACUUGUGUUUGGAGCAAAGAGAUGGUACUCGUACUUCUUCCCUGGGAUCUCGGCUUCUUGGUCUGACCAGGAUGAGCUCUCAGCCAUGGAUGGGGGAAACGAGGCUAGUCACCUUUUACACAGUCCGUUCAAUUAUUCAUUCUGUGGGACAUUAAUUUAACAUGUUUCAAUUGAAUUUGCCACCAGGUGAGAGUCAUACAUAACUUGCACAAAUGUGAUUGUCCAAAGCAGACUUAAUGUAUGUUUUUUUGUGAAGGGUAAUUUACAUAAUUACAAGUCAGAAAACCUCCAGGUUCUUGGGUCUUGUUAUUCAGUGGGUGGGAGGUGUUCUGAGUUUUCCUUUGUCAUCUGGUCAGUGUAUCUUUACACAAUUACUGUUCCUGUCUGCAAGGAAUAUGCAGAUAAGUUUGGAAAACAUAAUGCCAGUGAUUUCCAAAAUCUGAUUUAAAGUGCUUCUUUUAAUAAGGUUAAAUCUAAUUUAACUGUAGAUGGUAAUACCAAGUAUGAUUGUGGUUUGUAAAGCAGUUUAGUCUUGAAUUGUCAUUGUUUUUAUGCUGCAUAUUGGUAAUUUUGAAGGUAAAGUAUCACAUAACCUAAAAUCAUCCCUUUUUGACUAGAAUUGUGGUGAAAUUGACAAACAGCUGUAACUUCUCAGGCAGACAUUCUAAAAAUCUUGUGAUGUUAACAUGGUGCUGUUUUUACACUCGCAUCUUACUCUGAUGUCUGGAAAAUAAUUUGUGUUGCAGUGAAAGCAUCCGUGAACAGACUGUGCGUCUAUCUGCCAGUUAUAGGUUUAAUAGAAGUGAAUGUAAAACUUGUACAGUUGUUUACCCAGACAGCCUAUCUGGUGCUUGGUUAUUUUUCUGUGUGGUCAGCUUGUUUUGUUUUGUUUUAAUCACAGCUGACACUGACAGCUCAGUGUGUUACAUGAUUGGGUUUCUAAUGCAGUCUUUGGUAUCCAAUACAGGAACUAAGCACUUGUCCCAGAGAGUUGUUAAUGAAAUUGGGAUCCAGGUACUGCAUUGGCAGUUUUACAUACAUGUGAAUGUAUUGCUUACAUUCUACCUGUAAUGAAAUAGCUGCACGUUUGUGGUUUAUAAAUAUCACACAUACACACACACACUGUCCUUCCAGAAGCAGUUGGACACGCAGUUAUCAUACAUAAAAUGUUUAGAUCACCUUGUGGCCUUAACGACUGCUUCACUGUAGUUCAGAGGCGUGUGGUAUGAGCUGACUGUAAACCUCAAAUCAUUGUGGUCUCCAAUACCUUUAGAUCUUUGGUAAGAUUGCUCUCCUGCCCGUGCUCCUAUAAGUCUCAGCAAUGCUGUGAUUCCCAAGGCACUGCACUUGCCUCAUUCUACUGCGCUUAUUCUCUGCGAACAAAAAUUGUUGACAGUUGCCCCAUUUGUCUUCCUUGGAGGCGUAUCCCAUGACUUCUGAUUGGAUGUUAUUAAACGUGGUCUUUAAUGGAACUGAUUUGAAAGCAUUGAUUGUUUAGUAUACAGAAAGAUCUGUGACCUGUCAGCGCCCUGUGGUCUAAAUAACCAAAGUUUAAGGUAUGUCACCUUCACCUUCAUACUGUUGGGUUUAAAAAUACAAAAUGUACUUCAUGGUUUCCUGAGCUUUUAGUUUUAAGUUGGUUUUUGGGUGAAGUUCCCUUUUUCAGCCAUACUUGUGUCUUUUAAUAGUGGUACUGGCAGGCGAUUCUUCAGCCAGGUAUGAGCUUUAAACAUGAAACUAUAUUCUAAUUUGCACUUGUUUGCCAAACAUUUUUGCAUCAUCAAUCCACAUAGUAUUGGCACCAUUGGUUCAUCAUAUAAAGGAUCUCUUGUGUAUGAAAUAAGCUUUGGAUUUUAAUUUAUUGCGGAGUGUUCAUUUACGUAACUGAAGUGAUCCUAAAAUGAUUUCACGUCAGUGAUAAAUGAGAACAUUGUAGUUCAUGUAUUGUCAGAUGUUCGAUGUUUUUUUUUUUCUUCCUUUUGUAGACCAAUGUAUCUGUCCUGAGUAAUUUUAUCAUUAAAUAAAAUAUUUCAGAAGUCAGAAAA